AUGAUGAUGAUGAUGAUGAUGAUGAUGAUGUUGAUGAUGGUGAUGAUGAUGAUGAUGAUGAUGAUGAUGAUGAUGAUGAUGAUGAUGAUGAUGAUGAUGAAAAUGAUGAUGAUGAUGAUGAUGAUGAUGAUGAUGAUGAUGAUGAUGAUGAUGGCUGAUGAUGAUGAUGAUGAUGAUGAUGAUGAUGAUGAUGAUGAUGAUGAUGGAUUCAAGCAUGAAUCCGAGACGAGGUUCCUGCGCGUCCACUGUCUCCCGUGA